GCCAGUUCGCCAUGUCUGGACUUGAGGAGCCCUCGAGUGAAGCGGCAGAACGCAAAGAGGAGAACGAUUUAGACAUGGAGGUCGAGGGACAUUCCGGAGCGGACUACUCUAGCGACCCGUUCCGAUAUGUCUUCUACAGAGAUCGAAAAGAAUGGGAAGACGUAGAACCUGUCCCCCAAGACGAUGGACCGAAUCCUGUUGUGAAGAUCGCUUACUCUGAAAAGUUUACAGAUGUUUACGACUAUUUCCGUGCGUUGCUGAAGAAUGAUGAAAGAAGUGACCGAGCGUUUGCCUUGACGGCGGACGCCAUUGAGCUCAACGCUGCAAAUUAUACAGUAUGGCAGUACAGGCGUGUGUUACUGCAGGCCCUGGAGAAGGACCUGAGGGAGGAGAUGAUGUACAUUACUGCCAUCAUCGAGGAACAACCCAAGAACUACCAAGUCUGGCAUCACAGACGUAUGGUGGUAGAGUGGCUGAACGAUCCCUCCGAUGAACUGGAGUUCAUUGCAGACAUUCUAAGUCAAGAUGCAAAGAACUACCACGCCUGGCAGCACAGACAGUGGGUCAUCCAGGAAUACAACCUGUGGGACAAUGAACUGGAAUUUGUGGAAAAGCUCCUGGAAGAAGAUGUGAGGAACAACUCGGCAUGGAACCAGAGACAUUUUGUUAUCGUUCACACCACAGGCAACUCCGACCCGGCCGUACUGGAAAGAGAGGUUCAGUAUUGUCUCCGUCAGAUCCGGAAAGCUCCUCACAAUGAAAGCGCAUGGAACUAUUUGAAGGGGAUCCUGCAGGAUAAGGGCUUAUCGACACACCCAGGCUUACUGGACCAGGUUCUGGAGCUGAAGGAGACUCACUGCUCACCUUACCUCUUAGCGUUUCUCGUCGAUAGCUAUGAGGACGCCUUGGAGAACAGCAACCAGAAGGAAAUGUUAAGCAAGGCACUAGAGAUCUGUGAACUCCUGGCUCAGGAGAAGGACACCAUCCGUAGAGAGUACUGGCUGUUUCUUGCGCGAUCCUUGGAGAGCAAGUAUCGACCCGUUGCCUCUGGCGAACCCCUGGCCGACAGUCCAGAACAGGCUGCGACCCCGGCAUGUGGGAAGCAGGAGCUGAGCUAGGUCCUCAGGUUCCUCCAAGUUCUGCUGGUUUGCUUUCACUUGAUGCUCACCCCUGACCGGAACAGCUGGUGGCAGCUGAGGACCUGAUGGAGAACCGCAGGAUCUAUACAUAUGUAAUGGAACAUGUUACAGGCAGCCUUUAUGGAAUUCAAGAGUGGUCAAAUUGUAUUUAUAAUAUAUUCCCCUGCCCUCUCGGCUUGUGUUUGUUGUUGUUCACGUUGUCGGUCGUUGUUUAAACGCGCCACACAAACACUGUUGAUACAAUAAAGCACAGCUGAUG